CGACUGGCGGCCCAAGCGAGUCCCUUAAGACCAGCCAAUAGCUGCAGCACUCCUCUUUACUUUUUAUCAUAAAAAUUUCGAGUAUCAGCCAUCCCGACAACGGAGCCUGCGACAUCGCUUACCGGUCGCCUUAACAUCGGUCAACUGACGCGCAGCACGAACUCCAUGAACUUGCGUUUCACAGACUCCCCAAAUGCGCGCUCAAAAUCAAUUACGACUGCCGAUGGCAUCGACACCUUUGGUAUCUUGAAUCAGCACUCUACAGGAAACGGUGCCUACAAGGUUGGUGUAUCUGAGGACGUGGGCACACGACGAUAUAUGGAAGAUGCCCAUUCCUUCGUCGUCGACUAUGCUGGUGUGCGAGGCCAGGGAUUCUUCGCUAUUUUCGACGGUCACGCAGGAAAACACGCAGCUGAGUGGUGUGGCGCGCAUUUUCACGAGUACCUCCUCGACGGACUCCGCACUUCCUCCAGCGCCACAAUUCCGGACGUUCUGAAUGAAACAUUCCACAAUGUCGACAAACGCAUUUCUCGCCUCAGCGAAGAAUCCGAUGGCAAGAUCCACUCAGGAUGUACAGUUGUAACCGCCUUUCUUCGCAUCGAGGAUGCAGAUGGACGGCAAUCCUUUCUCCCCGUGCCUCCACUUUCCCCGCCCUCUCCUACUGACAGUGGGAGCCGCAGCGGGAGCGAAUCUCCGACAGAGCCUACGGACGAAUCCAAGGAGACAGGCAAGAAAGCAAAGAGCAAGUCCCCUGCUUCGGCUUCCCGUUUCGCCAGGGCGCUAAAAUCCCUGGGCGGCUCUUCACCAAACUCACCCUCAUUCCCCUCCGCAUUCUCCGGUACACGUAGCCAGACAUCUCCACCUUCGGUGCAAACAUGCACGGUUCCAAUCGAUGCACCACCCAACUCGCGGCGCGUGUUAUAUACUGCCAACGCUGGUGACGCGCGCGGCGUACUCUGCCGCGCAGGCCGGGCAGUGCGCCUCACCUACGAUCACAAGGGAAGCGAUAAGCAGGAGGCGAAACGUAUCACCGAUGCUGGUGGAUUCGUUAUGAGUGGGCGCGUGAAUGGUGUUUUGGCGGUAACACGCAGUCUUGGAGACAGCAGCAUGAAAGAAUAUGUCGUUGGGAGCCCGUACACGACUGAAACCGAGUUAGGAAGCGACGACGAGUUUGUGAUCCUCGCGUGUGAUGGGCUUUGGGAUAUCACGGGCGAUCAGGGGGCGAUUGAUCUCGUGCGGCAUAUUUCGGAUGCACAAGCAGCCGCAGAGACGCUCGUGAAGCAUGCCCUUGAACGACAAACCAAUGACAAUGUCACUGUCCUCGUAGUACGAUUUAAAGCGUCGGGAUCCACAGAGUCCAUGGGACUUGCCUGAGUAUGGGGAUGUUGAUUUAUUGUUCUGCUAGGGAGGGGGGCAAAUGUGGAGUGUUAUUCUUGCCGUGGCCGACGUCUUGCUAUUGUUUUAGUUGGUUCUUGUAAUCGCUUCAUUUAGCGCACGAGCAUUCCGUUUAUCUUGACUGCACCCCGUACUCUACUAAUAUCCGUUCAAUGUAGAUUUGAUGUGUGUCAGAGCUGAUC